GUCAAGAAACUUGAAGAUGCAAGGCAGGGAGAAAAGCAAUUUUGCUCUGAAGUUUGCACUCUUGGCACAAUUCAACAUGUCAAUCUGGUAAGACUUCAUGGUUUCUGCUCUGAGGGUAGCAAAAAGCUUAUUUUUGAUGAGCACAUGCCAAGAGGCUCUCUUGAAUAGCUUUUCGGUGAUAGCUUCACUAAGCUAAAUAGGGAGCUAAGGUUCCAGAUCAUUUUAGGAACAACAAGAGGAUUGGCUUACCUUCACGAGGAGUGCAAGGAACACAUAGUUCACUGUGACGUAAAACCUGAUAAUGUGCUACUGGAUGUGGAUUAUAAACCCAAAGUUUCAGAAUUUUGAAUGUCCAUGCUUAUUGGAAGAGAGUUCAGUAAGGUUUUGACGAUAAUGAGAGGCAUUGUAGGCUAUCUUGAACUAGAAUGGAUUGCAGGGCUAUUAAUCGUGCCGAAGGUUGAUGUGUAUAGCUAUGGAAUGAAGAUCUUUGAGGUGGUUUAUGGUAAGAGAAACAACAUGCAUUCUAACGAGGGAAGCCUGGCAUUCUAUUCUUCAUUGGCUGCAAAAAUGGUUUUGGAAGGAGACAUUAAGAG